AUGUUAUUCAAAGUGUGUAAAUUAAAGUUUUAUGUUUGGAGUUUUUUACUUUUAAUAUCGCAAGCUAAGUCGGAUUUGCCAAUUCAUACAUUAACCAAAGAUGUUAUUGGAGUUUGGAAGGUGUAUGAGACUGAGUUGAGUGAUGUGUUCCAGAACUGUGGCAGCACAUUCCCUAAUAAAAACAGUGAAAAUUUGAAAAUUGACAACUUUAAAGAGUAUCUUGAGGAGAUUUACGGUGAAUUGAACGAAUCGGUGCUUGAGUUGUCUGAUGAACGGUACUUUAGGAGAUCUCUGCUAUAUCCCAGAAAUAACUGGUCUUAUUUCUCAGCCAAAAGCCCACAAAAUAACCAAAUUCUUGGUAAUUGGACUAUGGUGUAUGAUGAGGGUGUAAUGAUAGAUAUGAACGAUAAAAACUACUUUGGUUAUUUUAAGUAUAAUAAUGUUAAAAAUAACGAAUGUAAACAAAUCACACAAAACAUAGUUGAGGAUGAGUUUGGUCAUAUAAAGUGUUAUGUAACUGAUCCUAACAGGUUACAAAUCGGAUGGUACAGUAAAAGGAAUAAUAACGACUACAAAUUCGGUUGUUUCUACAUGCAGAAAUUAAAUUAUAAAGAUAAUAAGAAAAAUUAUAUCGUCGAUUUAACUUUCUAUAACUCAUCGCAAAAAUAUCAAUCACACAAUUUACUGGAUGCACUGGGUAAUCAGUCAGUGGAUGGAAGUGAAAUGACAAAGUUAUCAAGCCUAACUGAGGCUAAAGCGGCAUUAAGUUAUGAUAAAACGGGAUUAAAUAAUGAUAAAACUCCAUUAAAUUAUGAUAAAACGGGAUUAGUAUAUGAGAAUUUGGCACCGUUUAGAUUUGUUCAGUUGUGUAAAGGUGUAAAUUAUCAUGUAAUAAAUAACAAUUUUAACAUGGUGCAUCCAUGUACUAAUAAAUUACUCCAAAACAAGAAAUUUCCAACCCACUGGACUUGGGGUGAUCCAUUUAAUGGUCUAGAAGAAGACAUAUACAAUACUUCUCAAGGGGAGUGUGGAAGUUGUUAUAUAUACAGUUCAUUAUAUGUGAUAAGUAAAAGACUACAAAUAUUAUUUAACAAGUUGUAUCCCAACUACAAUUGGAAAUUAAAUCAUUUCAAACUCUCCAUUCACGAUCUUUUAUCUUCCGCGUAUUCGCAGGGUUGUUUUGGCGGAUUUUUAAUGCUUGUUGGGAAACAUAUUAAGGAGUUAGGAAUUCACUCUGACUCAGAGACCUUUCUCAACACGCUGCGCACUCUGGAAGAUAUCAAAUUUGAUAUGAAAUGGUAUAUUGACAGUUAUGGAUAUGUUGGAGGCUGUUAUGAAUGUACAAAUGAGAUGAAUAUGAUGAAUGAGAUAAUCACAAAUGGACCAAUAGCCGUAGCAAUAUACUCACCUCCUCAAUUAUUCUACUAUAAACAUGGGAUAUUUGAUAAUAAUUAUAAACACGGAAUGAUCUGUGAUUUACCACAUAGUAAUCUCAACGGGUGGGAGUAUACGAAUCAUGCGAUAGUGGUGGUUGGCUGGGGAGAGGAAUUGGUGAAUGGUGAGAAUGUAAAGUAUUGGAUUUGUAAGAACACUUGGGGUACAAAUUGGGGUGUACAAGGCUAUUUCAAGAUUAAAAAGGGCGUAAACUUAUGCGGCAUUGAAAGUCAAGCUGUUUUCUUUGAUCCCUCACUAAAUAAAGGAUUAUCAAAUAAAUACAUACAAUUAUACAAUCUAGAAUACGCCUCCAAAUAAUUAAUACUAAGUUUCUUCAGUCAACUAACAAUAAAAACUGGUUAAUUGUAUUUUUAUGUUAAAUUAUGAG